AUGAGUGCCCAUGAAUAUUCCAGUAAUCAUAUUCAGAAUAAUGAGUAUGAUGAUAAAGCCUCGUUUGUAAAAGACAAGCCAACCCAACCAAAGAGGAAUUUGCAAGAUAAAUACAAGGUUGAUAGAUCGUUAGAUUCAGAGGUUUUACAAAAACUAGAACAGAUAUUUGAAAGCUAUAAAUCUGGUAAUGAUGAUGGGACUGUUACUAAUAAUACUACGGAACUUGUUGAAUCGUUAAGCCAGUUCCUUGCUAAGAAUUAUCCGUUACAAGUGAUCCAAUUGUGGAACUAUUAUUCCAAUGUGAAUGACCAUGGGAAAGUCACUGAUUCCACAUUGAAAUUAUCUAAAUUACUCCAUUUUUGCAACAAAUACCCAGUAUUACAUGAACCGGCGCUAAAAUUCAUCAGAAGUAAUCUUUUAAUCCCAGCAAAUCUCCGGGUUUUCUAUAGAGGUUUAUCAUCGAUGAAACCGCCAACCACCAAUCCAUUAUUGAGGUUAUUAUUCGAAGUGAUUUCUUUCAAGAAUGGUGAGCUUAUUGAUGAGUUUGUGCAGUUAUUUGAUUUGAAUUUACCAGUAUUAUCGAAAUUGCUCACCCCUACAAAAGCCGAAAUGAGCGCUGGAGUACGAUUAGGACCAAGGUCAAUACGUUAUAAUUUUGUGAAGUUUUGGAUCACUUUGUUUGAUUUGGCCAACCCUCUAACAAGAAAAGAUUUACUCCUGCUCGAAGGGUCGAAUUCUAGAAAAGUCAAUGCCAAUUUAUUCAAAUUUUGUGCCAAAUACGAUCCUCAUGAUUUGAUUGUGAAAUGCCUCGAGGUUUGGGAUAGAAAAAUCCUUGAUGAUCCCGUUUUAGCCAAAUUCAAGCCUAUCAAAUUGAAGUACCUUAACCAAUGGAACAUCACGGCUUUGCUUCCAUUAUACUACGUUUCUGAGGAAUCGAUCAAUGAAAAAUUCGACACCCUAUUGAACAAAUUUUUGAUCGAUGAUAAGGCAGGGAUUUUCAUCCAUGAUGAUAGAAUCUGGUUCAACGAACCAGUGAUGUCGAUCUCCAAUGACUCUGGUAAUUUACAAACUAUCACUGUUGGGGGUAAAAAAUUCAAGAUCAUUAAUCAAUUCAUCUACAAUAUCCUCAUUGAGCUCAAGCCUUGGGAUAGUAAAUUGCAGUUGCUUACAACGACCAACGUCUUAAACAAAAUUCCAGAAUUGAUUUCUGUGUACGUGACUUACCUAUCCUCGAUUAAUAAUAAUUUUGAUCCAAAGAUGACGUUCUAUUGGGUUGGUCAAACUUUGCUUUUACAAAAGAUUAUCUCUCUUCCAAUCCCAUCACAGAUAAUUGAUCUUCACAAUUCCGAUGACCUGCCACUAUUGCGUCCUUCAAAUAGUAUAGUUAUGGAAAGUGUGUUACCAUCAUGUUUGAAUAGUGAAUCUUUAGGAAAAUGUCUCAAAUCAAAUAGCUUUUUGGUUAAACAAUUGGCCCUCCAGUUACUUGCCUUCAGUUUUGAAAAAUUGGAAAAAGUAAUCAAAUUAUAUGAGGCCAAUGGGUGGAAUGAAGAGCUUUUAAAAUUAAAGACAAGGUAUCAUAAAAGUUUGCCAGAGAUUCAUGUGGUGUUACAAGUGUUCCGUGAUAUUGAAAAAGUUCAAAAAGAAUCUUCCGAGGCGACCAGGGAUUUCAAAUUAUUGAUUAUUUCUUUGGUCAAGAUUUUGAAUUAUUACUUGAUUCAUAUUCCUAAUGUCAAUUUACAUCAAAACUCUUUGGCUUCCCUUAGUAGUUAUUUCAAUACCUUGUUGAGUUCGACUUCUGAUUUCAGUGGUAUGGAUCUCUUAUUGUUGGACAGUUUUUUCAAAUUACAAGAACUUGCAAAUAGUCAAUCCGAGGAUGGUUCAUCGGUCAAGGUUUCACAAAAAUGGUACAGCUUUUCUGAAAAUAAUAAUUCGUUGUUCACAAAUUUGCUCAAAUUAUGCUGCUACGUUGAUGAUGAGAAAAACACAAUAGAUAGUAAAGUUAUUUCAUUGUUGAAUAGCUUGUUCACUCAAACACUCUCGUUCCAUAGUUAUGGUGAUGAUUCAAACGAUGUGCUAACUCAACAAACCUUCCCAUUGGUUAGCUCACUCAAAUUCAUUGCGAAGAUUGCUAGCUCCAAGGAGUCAAUGGGCAGUAUUUGGAAAUUAUUAGACCAGACAGUUUCCAGAAUCAUGACCCCGUAUAAGUAUAUCGACUUAUCAAAUGCUAAAUAUUCGAAGAUCAGUCCUUUCAUCGUGACUUUAUUUGAGCAAUUCCAAUAUUUGGAUAAGAGUUCCAAUUAUGACCUUGCCUUGGUGUGGUUGACGAUAUUUGUUAAAUAUUUGAUUAUUAUUGGAGAACCAGCAGACGGUAUUGCUCGUCUCUUUAAUGACUUUGUCAAAGAAGGUAAAGAUAAAACCAUUGCGAUAUUCACCGAACAGCUUGGCUUUAAGCAAACAGUGGAGAAAAUUGUGGAUGAAUUCUCAAUAAUUGAGUCCGAAUCUGCCAAUGGUAUUUUAAAUGGGCAACUCUCAUUCUUUGAAUCGAUUCUUAAUGAAGAAACAAAAAGUUUAAGCUCUGUCAAAGAAGUUUUGGUCAACGAUUUUGAUUUGGUUGGUCUUUUGUACAAGUUAUCGGAAGAGAUGGAGAAUGGGUCGACGUUUUCUUAUGGUUCCAACAUUAUUUCCAAGAUUUCCAAUUAUUUGACUUAUAAUACUGCUAAUGAUCAUGCGUUUUUGAUUGUCCGGAAAUUUUUAUUCAACUCCAAACGUCAUUCAGAACAUUUAUACGAAGUUUUCGGGAAUAUCUUACAAGAAUUGGAUGUGGCGUCAGACAAGCCUAAUCCAGAGUUUUUGAAAUUGCUUGCCUCGUUUUCUGGUUAUGUUAGAGAAUUACUCAGUCAAUCAUUGGAGACCCCAUCUGUAUUUGUGAAGAAGAACCUUUGGGUAUUGGACACUACUUCGUUGAUGAUGGCGUUGAUGAAAUCCACUAACCCUUCAGUGGCAUCUUUGAUUUUUAUGGAAGUGGUAUCUAGAGGCAUUCAUUUGACAUCAGCGCAAUUAUUACAUUUAUUGCAACAAGGUAAUAGCUUUCAGAAAGGCCAGCAUGCGAACGAUAUUACAUUCUUAAUUAUCAAUCUUAUAGAUAAUAAUAAGAUCUUGUGGAAUAAUGAAGAUUUUGAAAAUAUCAUCAAUGAACUUUUGCCAUCGGCCUCUUAUAAGGAGAUUUUAAAAUUAAUCAUUGACACUAACCCAGAAUUCUCCAAGUUUGUGGUCACCUAUGUCAACAACAAGCAUCUGGAUGAUUAUGAUCUUUUCAAGUUUGUUGUUUCUUCGACUCCGCAAGAUAUCAUUGAUGAGUGUCUUGAAUCAUCGGACGAUUUUUCAAAUAUUUUGUCGAAAAUCGCCGGUUCGUUGGUGCCCCUUAAUGAUGAUAAGAUUGUUUCGUACGACCAAACAUUGAAAUUGGUCAGCAAUUGUUUUAAUUUUUUCAACGAUGAACAAAGAUUACUGUUGGUGGAAUUUUUUAUUAGCGGCUCAUGCGGCAAAGAUAUUUUCACUGGGUCUGCGGUGUCGUUCAUUAUUAGAAUGCUUUCUGCUCCUUCCCUUGACAUUAACAAUCUUUUUGGAAUGUAUCUCAAUAAGUGUUUCUUAUUUAUCAACAAGAAGUUUGCGGAAACAUCAGAAUUCACAUUGUCUUUCCAAAAAUUCUUAACAUCGUUCACAAAAUUAAUCGAUUCUCGUGAGAUUAAUAUUCACAAAUUGGUCAGGAAAAACUUGAUCAAUACUCAACUUGAAAUUGUUUUGAACAGUAAAAGUUGGAUCAACGAUAAGAUCAUCUUGGAUUACAUUGUCAAAGUGAUUUCCAACAUUCAAAGAACGAAAAACGCUGGUGCCGGGUUUGAACAUGGAAGAUUUUUACAAAUUUUCCUUAACAAUGAAAAAACCCCACUUUUCAUGCCAGUUUCCAGUGAUAUCCAUCUUAAUGAAAUGAAAUUCUUAUCCAGUCUCAUUGUUCACAAAUUAUUCGGAAUGAACCCGGCUAAAAACUCGACGAUCUCUAUUAGAGAAAAAAUCUUGUUGGCGUACACUGGUUCGAUUGCUAGCUUUGAUUUAUUGUUAUUUGACAUCUUGAACAAAAUUGAACAAACUUUAAGUGAAUCAUGGCUUAACAAUUACGUUAUCAACUGGGAAUUUCAAAGCGAAACUUCUAACGGCCAGAAUUCCGGCGACGAUUACCAAGAACUUUUGAACCAACAAAGGCUAUUGGUUAAAGAGAAUAAUGGCAGUAUGACAAUUUCUUUGAGUAAUCAAUUUUUGAAGGACUCGAUCGACAAUUUUGUCAUUGAUCCAUUGGAUGUUGCGCCAAUUCUUGGUCAACAGAAGGGAUUAGCGGAGAUUUUUGAAGAUUAUGAAAUCAAGAGAAACAAUAAGACUUUGGUAUAUGACCCAAGGUUUGUGAUGUUGCUCAUUAUGAAUAAUACUGAAUUAUUAUUUUUCGAUGAAAACGAUCAGACCAUCCCAAUUUUUGAUUUAAGACUUCUUGUUGACUCCAACAUCUUAGAAUAUUUGAUAGUUUGCUUAUCGUCAACUGAUGGAUCAGUGAUUAAGAUUGCGCAAACCAUUCUUUAUAAUAUCGCCGAAAGUGCCAAUAGAGAAAGUACCACUUAUAGAGAUAAAGAUUUGGUCAAAAUCUUGAUUAUGAAAAUCGUGUCGUCGUUUGGUCCUGACGCUAACGGAGAGAUCGUAUCCGCGGGAGCUUUUAAUCCAAUUAUCUACUACCAGCUUUCUAGAUUCGUGCCAAUUAUUACCAAUCCAUCACAUUUCCUCUAUGAAAAAGCCUACAAAUACUUGCUUGGUAUGCCAUCUUUAAGCAAAGGCGAUUUACCAUUAUUCAAAUCCAUCACUGCCAUUGAAGACCCUGGGGUGUUUCAUAUGGAAACCAUUUGGCUUUUAAACAGUAUUAUUGGAGGAAUCAGGACCGCUAGGGACGUUGGGUUUUUAAGAGCCAAAGGGAUCAUUGAUUGGGUAUUCACUUUGAAGAAUUCGCCAUAUUUGAAUUACCGGAUCAAGAAGUUGUUGACGGAAGUGAUUAGUAAGAUCCAGGAUAUGGACGGCUGUGCUGAUUCUUUGAUCACGAAGCAUGGCUUGUUGUCGAGUUUGGAAAUUGACAAACGAUUUACCGAGCAGAAUAUUGCCGUGGGAAUUAAUAAAAAGCAGUAUUUGAUUGGUAGUCAAACAUUGGUUGAUAUUAGAGAAUUGAACGUGAAGAAUGCAUUGAUCAUCAAAAAUAACAAGAGACUCGGUGAUUGGAGCAAAGAUAAUGUUGAUAGAUUGAUUAAACGUGUGUGUUUAUAA